GUUUCUAACGGUUACAAGGUUGGCCGGUGAGGUCGUGACUCGUGAGUCGUGAGGCCGGCGGUCAGCCCCUCCCGACAAAUUCUCUCCUCCUACCAAAAGCCACCGACCCUAGCUAGCCAGCCUAUAUGUCGAUCUGCAUCCCCGGAUCUCCUCUUCAAUUCGCCUGCAAUCUUGGGGGUGAUCGAUUACACAGCAUUAUGGGUCGCGUGAAGCUACAGAUCAAGAGGAUAGAGAACAACACCAAUCGGCAGGUGACCUUCUCCAAGCGUCGGAAUGGCCUCAUCAAGAAGGCCUAUGAGCUCUCCGUUCUAUGCGACAUCGACAUCGCGCUCAUCAUGUUCUCGCCCUCCAAUCGCCUCAGCCACUUCUCCGGCAGGCGCAGGAUCGAGGACGUGAUCACGAGGUACAUCAAUCUCCCGGAGCACGACAGAGGAGGAGUUGUUCGGAAUAGAGAGUAUCUGAUGAAGAUGCUUGCUAAACUCAAAUGUGAGGGUAACAUAGCCGAACAACUCACACCUAAUAAAGAGCCAAUAAAUUCCAACGUAGAGGAGCUUCAGCAGGAGAUUAAGACGUACCAACACCAGAUGGAAGUCUUAAAGGAGCAACUUAGGAUGUUCGAACCAGAUCUGACAACAUUGAUGUCGAUGAACGAUUUCGAGACGUGUGAGAAAUUCCUCAUGGACACCCUCACUUGCGUGGAGGAGCGAAAGAAAUAUUUGCUGUGCAACCACGUGGCCCCGUUCGAUCCGUCGGCCUCCGACAUGCAACAACACGUAGACAUGUUCGCCCUGCCGCCGGCGCCGCCUCACCAACAGGAGCAACAAGGGGACGACCUAGGAGGCGCCGCCAGCGCGUUCGGUGGCGAUGUCUCGUGGUUCGCCGAUGGGAUGCCGACGUCGUCGAUCUUUGCCGCGUCGGACCCAAUCUUGUACUUUAGGGAUCAGGUGAUGUUCGACUCGACGUCGACGAUGCGGCGUGACUCGAUGGUGGCAGGGGUGGACCCAGGAAUGACCUCGGUGUGCCAGAUGGAGCAGCAAGCCCCCAGCGUGGACUGGCAGCAGGCGUACACGUCGGCGGAGUUCUUCUCCACGCUGAUCCCGUCCACGCCCUACCCCCUUGAUGAUCAGAACGACAUGGCUCAAGUGCUUACAUCUCCGAUGGUGCCACCGCACGAGCACGAUAAGGUGGAGGUGCCGAUGAGCUCGUCCAACGUGCCGACGGACGGGGAUUGCGGCACCACCCUUGCCGCCGCUCAAGAGGACGGCCUGCCCGGGGUGGUCAACAUUGGCUAGCUAGCUGCAUCUGCAUGCAUGUCCGGCUCGGCUCUCUGCCUUCCUCACUUCUUUACCAACUGCAGCCAUGAUUUGAUCUUGUUUCACAUGGACAGAUGAUACUUGUUAUUCGUUUAUAGGUUUUAUUGAGCACUAUUUGUGGCACUGGUCUAGAUGGUCCGACCUGCGGACGGUUCAUUUAUAGACGUAGACAGUUCACGAUAGUAUUAGAUCAGACGAAUUAACUUCCUUUCUCCAUGCAUGUUUAUCUCUCUAAA